AUGGAUCGUUUCCGAGCUCUUUCCCUCUUCCAGCCCUCCAACCUGAACGGCGCAAUCGGUGCUGCUGAUUAUGAGGGAGACCAUGAGCGACCAAAACAUGUCUUUGGUUGUAUGCUGGGAAUUCCUCAUACACAAAUGGCCCGACUGGUAGCUGUACUUGGCUUUGAUUUCAUCUUUGUCGACACUUUGCAUGUGCCGACUAAUCCGGAGACUCUUGUGUCUCUCAUUCAAACCAUCAACUUUGCUAGCGAGGGAAAGACUGUUGCUGUUGUCCGAGUUCCCAGUCCUGAUUCUGACCUGUUGGCUUAUGCCUUGGAUGCAGGUGCGGGUGGUAUUGUUUUUCCCCAGGUUGAUACUCCUGAGCAGGCAGCAGCGGCUGUUUACAAGGUCAGACAUGCCUACAAUGGUGGAAUGAGAUCCAUUUCUCCAGUUGCCUUGUAUGAUGGAAUUACAAACAUUGCUCCUGAGGGAUGGACAUCAGAGACCAUUGCAGAUAGAAACGUCUCAGUCAUUUGCCAGAUUGAAAGCGAUGUUGGCGUUGAGAAUGUCAACGCCAUUGCAAGAACCCCAGGAGUCAACGUGCUCAUGGUUGGCGUUACAGACCUAAAGGCCACCCUGGGUAUUCCAGUACGCAACCCGAAUGGUCUGGCUAAUGAAUCCAAAUUCAAAGAGGCUAUGUCCAAAAUUAUAACUUCCUCCAAGGAAACUGGAAUUCAACUCAUGAUUCCUGCAUUCAGGCUGAAGCCUGAAGAUGUCAACUGGCUGAAGAACUUCAAAAUGGUUGUUACUAGUGUUGAUAUUCUGUCUGUCAUGAAGAGUCAUCGAAGUGACCUUACUCUGAUGAAGAAGACACUGGGAGUGGUAGACGGGUCGACAAACGGCACAUCCAAUGGGAAACUCAAUGGAAAAAUCAAUGGAACAGCCAACGGCAAAGCAAACGGGACAGCUAGGGAGGUGAACAGCGGCGCCGUCAAUGGGGUAACCAAUGGGCAUCGUUGA